AUGAUUUAUAACAAAAAAGAGUUUAACCGAAACGAAGACCGUUACCGAGGGCAGGGCAAUGGGUUCAGCAUCACCGGCUACGACGUCGACGAUCUCGGUGUUGUGUUUAUAUUCGAGAAGACUAGUCCGACUUGGUUUCACGAGAACAGGGUAGUGCCGAACAAUAAGGUCAAGGAGCUCUGCUUUGGUUAUUGUCCGACGAUUUUCCGCCAGCAGAACAACGACAACUACAAGUACGCCGACGAACCAAAGGAUAUUAGAACGCUACAGCUUGGCAGCAUGUCGGCCAUUGCAGAGACUCUAGUGGUGAUCGGUUGUAACACUAACACUGUCCGGCAUUUCCGAAAGUCUACUCCAGAUACAAGACACAUCCAUCUCUUCCCAAUUGCUUUUGAGAUCCUAGGCAUGGUGGGUGCCGUCCUACAGAUCCCCGGCACGGCUUUCCGCAUGCUUCCCAACCCAACCAUUUGGCAUUGGGACCGGAAGUCAUUUUCACUGAAGACUUUCCUCAGCGACUACUUCCACAUAGUGGGUGAUUCGGCAGCAACAGAACCAAUGCUCAGAAGUACAGAAGGAUCUCGAAUCAGCGUGAUUCUCAAAGAAGCCGGCAAAAUCGAAGACAAGUUCGAAGAGCUCGAAUCUCGUGACGGCCCGGAAGCGAUUCUGAGACGAACAAACAACACCGAGGAAAGAAUCUACUCCAAUGACCUCGUCAUGGCUUUGCAUUCGGCCAUUUCGAAAUGCGACGAAUUCCUUCAGAAUCAAGAGAGGAUAAACCUUGUCCAAAACGUGCUCCGCGUGCACCUGCAAGAAAUCUUGCGUAUUUUGAACGACAAAGAAGGGGAAUACAAGACGGUUGUGGUCACUACAGGAGAUCGUGCUCGGUCAAAGAGGGACUCAAGACACGACCUUGUUGUUCCAGGAGCAUCCCCUAUCUUGAGGACGCGAGAGGAGAACGAGGAAAUCGAGAAGGAGAUAUCGCUCCUUCAGAAGCUGGAUUCCGCGUCUUCGAGCGAGAGGCAUGGUGUUCUAGCCGAAAUUUACCUUCUCUCGGUGCGCAAGCGGGUCAUUGAUGUUGUUUGCAAACAGCUGCGGGUUGAUAAAGCUCGUAAAGAGCGUGGAGCUAGAUCGAUCAUCUCUGAUGCUUCCACAGAGGUGAUCGCCCACGACCAGCAACAGCAGAUCAAUGAUGUGUGGUGCAUGCUUGUCUUCCGCAUGGUAUGCUGGUUGCUUCUGCAUGAUUUCCAUGGUAAGGAUAUCCAAGUUGAGAAGAGCGAGAUAUUUGGAAGCCGUCUGCCGGUUUACAUCACAUAG